AUGGCAGUGAUGGAGAACGAGACGUGGCCGCACCCCUCAUUUGUCCCCCAUUAUCUGCUCCGUGGCGACCCGUUCGCCUCGAGACUCUCCAGGGAGGCGGAUAUGGUGGCGGCUUUUUACAUCUGCAUCAUAGGAAUAAUGUCUGCAACAGGGAAUGGCUACGUCAUCUAUAUGACCAUCAAACGAAAGACCAAGUUGAAGCCUCCUGAGCUCAUGACUGUUAAUCUCGCCAUUUUCGACUUUGGCAUUUCAGUGACAGGGAAGCCCUUUUUCAUAGUGUCUAGUUUCUCCCACCGCUGGUUAUUCGGCUGGGAGGGCUGCCGUUUCUACGGCUGGGCCGGCUUCUUCUUUGGUUGCGGGAGCCUCAUCACGAUGACCAUGGUCAGCCUGGACCGGUACCUCAAAAUCUGCCAUCUCAGAUACGGCACAUGGCUAAAACGCCACCAUGCCUUCCUGUGCCUGGUGUUUGUGUGGGUGUAUGCAGCCUUCUGGGCCACCAUGCCCCUGAUCGGCUGGGGGAACUACGCCCCCGAGCCCUUCGGGACUUCCUGCACACUGGACUGGUGGCUGGCCCAGGCCUCUGUGUCCGGCCAGAGCUUCGUCAUGGCCAUCCUCUUCUUCUGUCUCAUCCUCCCCACUGGCAUUAUCGUCUUCUCCUACGUCAUGAUCAUCGUCAAGGUCAAGUCUUCGGCAAAGGAGAUCUCGCACUUCGACGCCCGUAUCAAAAACAACCACAACCUUGAGAUGAAACUCACAAAGGUGGCGAUGCUGAUCUGUGCAGGCUUCCUGAUAGCCUGGAUCCCUUAUGCAGUGGUGUCAGUGGUGUCAGCGUUUGGUGAGCCAGACUCGGUGCCCAUUCCUGUGUCUGUCAUCCCCACCUUGCUGGCCAAGUCCUCAGCCAUGUACAACCCCAUCAUCUACCAGGUCGUGGACCUGAAAAACUCCUGUGCGAAAUCCUCCUGUUUUAAGGCCCUGAAGAAACGCAGUCAUUUUAGAAAGUCGAGGUUCUACACCAUCUCUGGCGCGUUAAAGGACACACCACCAGCCAAAGACGCUCACAUCGAAAUGUGA